AUGAAGUUCCUUUCAGUGCUAUAUUGUGCCUGCCUCCUCUUGGAUGCUUCUAUCGAGGUUGCAGCGAGAACGAACAAUGGAGGCAACCUUCGCACUAUCGAAAUGCGAGCCAAUGGCGACAGAAACUUGGCCGGCAAGGGCAAAGGCGGCAAGGGCAAAAAUAACAAGAUGGACACGACGACCUCAACCAAAGACGGAAAAGGAAAGGGCGGCAAAGGAGGAGAGACAUCCAAAAAGUCUUCCAAGUCGUCCAAGAAGUCGUCCAAGAAGUCGGGCAAGGGAGGCAAAGGAAACGUUUCAAUGAACCCAUCAUCAAUGCCCAGUCAAAUGCCCAGCCAAAUGCCUUCCGCUUAUCCAUCUGCCAUGCCUUCGGGGUACCCAUCUGCCAUGCCCACCAAAACUCCUAUUGCAGUCAGCAAUGACGCAAUUAGCAAUGAUGCUAUCAGCGUUGACGAAGGUCCAAUCAGUAUCGAUGAAGGUCCUAUUAGUGUGGAUGAAGGUCCUAUCAGCAUGGACAAUGGAAGUUUCGACGACGCCAACAAUUUGAGUGUCGAUGAUGGAGAUCGGGCCGGAACUACCCCGCCAGCGGGUGGCACUAUCUCUUUUCCGACCAGUGAACCAACGGCAGCGGCAACAAAGGCCCCUGUCGUCCGACUCACUAAGAACCCAACCAGAUCUCCAACCAUUGAUCUAAGUGAUCGCACUGAGGUUCCUACCAGUGAGCCAACGGCAACUGCUGCCACAGAGGCUCCCAUCGCCCGACUCACCAAAGAUCCAACUAGAUCCCCAACUGUGGACCUAAGUGAUCGUACUGGAACAGUCGGGCCUUCUUUGAUUGUCGUGCCAACGGUAGAACCUACCCUGGUCCCCACAAAGACUCCAACCGUCGCACCGACAAGGACUCCCGUCUCUUUGCAACCAACUCAAACACCAACUGGUCGUCCUACUAGAGCUCCAACAGGAACUCCAACAAAGACGCCUACCACACAAUCGCCAACCGCUUCUCCCACCAGCAAGCCGACAAAGACUCCCACACCAACGGUCACUCCAACCAAGGCUCCAAUUGUAACGGUACCAACAAGGGCACCCGUCACUCCUCGCCCAACUCCAAGCCCAACCAAAGCACCUACCAAGGCACCCACAACGACCCCUACCAAGAGCCCAACCAUGGUCCCGACUGAAGCGCCUGUAGGUACUAGCAGUCCGACCGUGACGGAUCGUGUGGGAGGUGACGACGGCAACAUUAUUCCUCUGAUUGCCAUUCUCCAAGGACGAUUGGAGCCCAACUCUUACUUUGGCGGCGUCGAAUUUGAAGAUCCAAGCUCAUAUCAAUACAAGGCUUUGCAACGCGUCGAACGACAAGAAGGUUCAGAGUCUUUAAGCGCUCAGAAACUAAUCCAAUAUUAUGUGUUGUACUGCAUCUACUAUGCAACUGGAGGAUCUGGAUGGGUGACUGCUGAUGGGUGGUCACAAGAUGACCUUGCCCCCUGCGGUGGAUUCUUUGGUGUUUCUUGUGAUGACGACAAUGUGAUUGUUGGAAUUAAUCUAUAUGACAAUGGUCUCAGCGGUCAAUUUCCUCCUGAGGUUACACUUUUGGCAUCUGAUGGUUACCGUUCGACUGGCGCUGGCAACUUGAGAAGUCUUGACUUAUACUUGAAUACUGGUCUCGGCAAUGGAAACGAUAGUCACUGGGUAUCCGAAUUGGGAAGCUCUCUCAAAUACCUGUUCAUUGGAAAGACUGGUUUUGGAGGAUCCAUUCCAAAGCUACCAUCCGGAAUCAUUGAAUUUGAUGCGUCUCAUACUCAAAUCAACGGUGGUCUCGUUGCAUCCAACUUUGAAGGCUUGGAUCACUUGACAUGGUUGCUUCUUGAUGGAUGCACAUUCCAGACGUCCAUUCCAACCGAGUUUGCUCAAUUGCCAAGUCUCGAGUAUUUCUACAUUAGUGAUGCUCAAAUCACUGGAGAUUUGUCCUACUUGGAGGGAAUGCCAAAAUUGUUUGAGCACUUUGCCAGCAACAAUCCAAAUCUUGGAGGCGCACUCUACAGCUUCAUUGGUGACAUUCAAACACUUGGGUCGCUCAACUUGGCAGGCAACGGCCUGGAAGGAACCAUUCCAGCGUCGUUUGGCAAUCUUGACAACCUCCAACAACUAUGGCUCAAUGACAAUAGCUUGUCUGGUCAAAUUCCAGCAGAACUGAGCGAACUGAUUGCCUUGCAAACCCUUGAGUUGCAAGGCAAUAACUUGUCGGGAGAUUUCCCACAAGCGAUUUGCGAAAUGAAAGAUCCUGGAUAUUCAUUGAAAAAACUUGGUGCGGACUGUUCCGUGCACAAGUGUGAAUGUUGCGAUUGCUGCAGCACCGAGUUUUGCCAAGCCCUGUAA